AUGAUAUGCUUUGAACUGGAAACGAUUAGGGAUUACUACAAAAUUUAUUUCCACAUCCAGGCUUACCAAUCUUUGAAUGACCGCAGCAGCUUUGUUUCGUUUCUCGUCUUCAAUUCUCGUGAGGAUUUCUUCACUUUCGUCUUUCAUGACUUUCGAUGGUGUUGCAUGUUCCUUUGCCAGAAAUUCUUUCACUUGUCGUGCUGGUAAUUGAAGGAUGUGCUCGUACUUCAUAAGGUCAUAGGCCUUUCUUCUUCUGAUGGCCUUCAAUUGCUCAAUAAGUUCCGUAUUAUGCAGUGA